AUGUCAGCUGAAGAUAUCAUCACCGCAUAUACCGUCGCUGUCCCAAAGAAACAGAAGCAGGAUUUGCCUGGGCAAGACAAGGAUAUGUCUCCUCACUUGGAGUACACGAAGCUCGAGGUCUGGGACGACAAUGGAAAGCCCAGCCUUGUCGAGUAUAAAGGUUCUGGAAAGCUAAAAGGAAAAACUGCAAUCGUGACUGGAGGAGACAGCGGUAUUGGACGUGCUGCUGCCAUCAUGUUCGCUCGCGAAGGCGCCACUGGAAUUACCAUAUCCCAUCUUCCUGAAGAAAGAGAUGAUGCAAAAGACGCGAAGAAAAUGAUUGAGGACUCUGGAGCUGCUUGUAACGUUGUCGAGGUUGACCUCAUGGAAGAGAGCAACUGCAAGCACCUUGUCGACAGCCACCUGAAGAAGUUUGGUAAACUCGACAUAUUGGUGAACAACGCUUCUAAGCAAAUAAUGAACAAGAAUUUUGAGGAAAUCGACUUGAAGAAGGUUGAGAGCACUUUCCGCUCCAACAUUCUCCAGAUGUUCGCUGUUACGAAAUAUUCACUUCCUCAUCUCAAGCGAGGUUCUGCUAUCAUCAACACCACGUCAGUGACGGCCUACAGAGGAUCAGCUGGUCUUGUGGACUACAGCUCCACCAAAGGUGCCAUCGUAACUUUCACCCGCGCUCUUGCGACCCAAUUGGCCCCCAAGGGCAUUCGUGUCAACGGAGUGGCUCCCGGCCCUAUCAUUACUGCUCUUCAAGCUGGAUCACGCUCUGCUGAGAAUAUGGAAGGUCUCGGUGUCGGGCUACCUCUGCACGGUCGCGCUGGACAACCUGCUGAGGUUGGACCGGCUUACGUGUUUUUGGCUUCGAGUGAUAGCAAUAUUGUAACUGGCCAAGUUAUUCAUGUUAACAGUGGAGAGUUUACUGGAGGAUCGUAA